CUUCAUAAUGUCAUCACUAAAGCAAACUGAAUUUUGUUGCGGAUGAAGUUUUGUUUUGUCCACGGAACAUGAUAUAGUGAUGGCCAACGCAGUGGUGGUGCUGGACAACGGGGCGUACACGGCCAAGGUGGGGCUGGCCAGCCAGGACGAGCCCCAGGUGGUGCCCAACUGCAUUAUGAAAGCGAAGAGCGAGCGGCGUCGCGCCUUCGUCGGCAAUCAGAUCGACGAAUGCCGGGACACCUCUGCUCUUUUCUACAUCCUGGCAUUCCAGCGCGGAUAUCUGCUCAACUGGGAUACCCAGAAAACGGUAUGGGACUAUAUCUUUAGCAAGGACGGCAUCGGUUGUACGCUGGAGAACCGAAACAUCGUCAUCACCGAGCCGCAGAUGAACUUCCAGAGUGUCCAGGAGGCGAUGUUGGAGAUGCUGUUUGAAGAGUAUCGAACGGCUGGCGUGUACAAGACCACUGCCGCCGAUUUGGCCGCAUUUAACUACGUUGCAGACAGCGAGGAGCGCACCACAAUGCAGUCCCUCAACUGCAUUAUCAUUGAUGUCGGCUACAGUUUCACCCAUAUCGUUCCCUUUGUCCUCGGUCGUCGUGUUCUCGAGGGCAUCCGUCGCAUCGACAUGGGUGGCAAAGCGCUGACCAAUCACCUCAAAGAGCUGAUCUCGUAUCGUCAUCUAAACGUGAUGGACGAGAGUCAUGUAGUCAACCAGAUCAAGGAGGAUGUUUGCUUCGUGGCUGAGGACUUUAAACAGACAAUGCGUGUCCAUCAAUCGGAUGAAAGGCGACGCGAGAUUUUGGUUGACUAUGUCCUACCAGACUUCACGACCGUUAAACGUGGCUAUGUCCGUGUGCCGGGAAAACCGCGCGAGGACGAGAAUCAGCAGCAAAUGGUACCGCUGUGCAAUGAACGUUUUACAGUGCCCGAACUGCUUUUCAAUCCCUCGGACAUUGGAGUGCCUCAGGUGGGCAUUCCGGAGGCGGUGGCUGAUUGCCUUAAGGCUUGCCCUUGGGAGGCGCAUCGCGAAUUGCUUCUCAACAUCCUUAUUGUGGGCGGCAGCGCUCAGUUCCCCGGCUUCUUACCGCGUCUCAAGAGAGACUUGCGCACGCUGGUGCCUGAUGAUCUGGAGGUGUCGCUCAUAUGCCCAGAGGAUCCGGUGCGCUACGCCUGGUACGGCGGCAAAGAGGUGGCCACCAGUCCGAACUUCGACGAGUUCGUCUACACGCGCGAUGACUACGAGGAAUACGGAGUCCAGGGCAUUAAUCAGCGAUAGUAUAAACUUAGACUUAGUAUUUCGACUGUACACAAUAAAAUUCGACAGCAAGCUUUUAUAGAA